AUGGUUCAUUUCCAAGUCCAACACCCUCGUGCUUGGGUUCGCGAACAAGAGAGGAAGAGAAAAGCUAUAGGGCUUGGAUUGUCCCCCUUCGUAGUCCAGCCCUGGGACUCCGGAUCCCUCCGCUUCAAGUUUGUCCUCGGCGGUGCGCCGCCCAGUCCCUGGGAGGACUUUCAGUCGAACCGCAAAACUCUCGGCGUCGUCGGCAUCGUCCACUGUCCUUCCUCCUACGAUCUCGACAAUGCCGUCGACCUUUUAACCAAUGUCUACAAGUCCUUCCCCUCUUCCCUUGUUGAUCGCUGUUUCGCCUUCUGCCCUAACGAUUCGCAGGACCUUGAGGAAGGAAGUAAGAAAGGGGGAAAUUUGAGGUUGUUUCCUCCUGCAGAUCGUCCUACAUUGGAGUUCCACUUGAACACUAUGAUGCAAGAGAUUGCUGCGUCACUGCUUAUGGAGUUUGAGAAAUGGGUGCUUCAGGCAGAAUCUUCCGGAACCAUUCUCAAGACGCCUUUAGAUUCUCAAGCUAGUCUCAGCUCAGAGGAGGUUAUCAAGGCCAAAAAGAGAAGGCUUGGGCGUGCCCAGAAGACCAUUGGUGAUUACUGUUUGCUGGCAGGGUCCCCUGUCGAUGCCAAUGCUCAUUAUUCUACUGCAUUGGAACUUUCCAGGUUAACUGGUGAUUACUUCUGGUAUGCUGGAGCAUUGGAGGGUAGUGUCUGUGCCUUGCUGAUUGACCGAAUGGGCCAAAAAGAUUCAGCACUGGAAGAAGAAGUUAGAUAUCGUUAUAAUAGUGUGAUAGUGAAUUACAAGAAGUCACAAGAUAAUGCUCAGCGAGUUUCUCCCCUAACUUUUGAACUUGAAGCUACUUUGAAAUUAGCAAGGUUUCUUUGCAGGAGAGAGCUGGCCAAGGAGGUGGUGGAGUUGUUGACCACAGCUGCAGAUGGUGCUAAAUCUUUAAUUGACGCAAGUGAUAGACUCAUAUUGUAUAUUGAAAUAGCUCGUCUGUAUGGAAGUCUGGGAUACCAUAGAAAAGCUGCAUUUUUCUCAAGGCAGGUUGCACAGUUAUAUCUGCAGCAAGAAAAUAGAUUGGCUGCAAUUAGUGCUAUGCAAGUUUUGGCAAUGACCACCAAAGCUUAUCAUGUUCAAAGUAGAUCAUCAAUCUCUGAUCAUUCUUUGCACAGUAAUGGAAUUGUAUCAAAUCAUGCUGAUAGUGGGAAAGCAAACCACCAAUCAGCAGUCUCACUAUUUGAGUCUCAAUGGAGUACCCUCCAGAUGGUUGUAUUAAGAGAAAUUCUACUUUCUGCUGUCCGUGCUGGUGAUCCUCUUACUGCAUGGAGUGCAGCAGCACGACUCCUUAGAUCCUACUAUCCUCUAAUAACACCUGCUGGGCAAAAUGGCCUUGCUAAUGCACUUUCAAAUUCAGCUGACAGGCUGCCACCAGGGACUCGUUGUGCUGAUCCUGCUUUACCCUUUGUGAGGUAUUUACUUGGUUAAAGAUUUCUUUUCCUACAACUCAUAUCAUGUUAAAGUCAUACCACAAUGACGACAACAAUUUUGACAACAACCACCACCAAGUCAUUUAGCAUUUGUUGGGGUAUAUCAUGACUAAAUCGUAGUGUCAUAAUCCUUUCAAUGCCAGCUCAUUUGUACUUAUGCAAAAUGAAGCUAGAGUUAAUGAUGACUGACAUUUAUUAGAAUAGCAGCUUAUAACUACGUUUUUCUGAAUAGUCCCUAUCAAAACUUGAACUUCAUUCCAUUUUACUGUAUUUUGACUCAUCCGAUAUAUGGAGUUGAAUAUUCCUGUAUAGUUGUUUUAAUAUUUUUCUGUUUAUGUUGUCAUAUCAAAUAGGUAUUUUUGAGAACCAAAGACAAUGAUUGAAGUGUUCUCUUGAAUGAAAUAACUAAAUAGUUUGUGAUAGCAUUAGAAA